GAACUAUGAUACUUUGUCCAGCGUUGAUGCUUUUGCUGUGGAUUUCUAAACCCAAUUCUGGUAGUGCUGAACUCUACUUUAAAAAGACUUCAGAUGAUCAGCCAAAACAAAUAUUGCAACAUUUUCCUAUGAACGAUGGCAAACUACUAAAUCGUCAGAAACGUGGAUGGAUGUGGAAUCAAUUUUUUUUGCUUGAAGAAUAUACUGGGUUGGAUUACCAAUAUGUAGGCAAGCUCCAUUCAGAUCAAGAUAAAGGAGACAAAAAUCUGAAAUAUAUCCUCUCAGGAGAUGGAGCUGGGACACUUUUUGUCAUUGAUGAGACAACAGGUGACAUUCAUGCCACACGACGAAUUGACAGAGAAGAAAAAGCCUUUUACACCUUGCGUGCCCAAGCAAUAAAUAGAAGGACAGGGAGACCUGUGGAACCAGAAUCUGAGUUUGUCAUAAAGAUACAUGACAUUAAUGAUAAUGAGCCCACUUUUCUAGAACACACUUAUACUGCCAGUGUCCCUGAAAUGUCUGAUGUUGGUACCUUUGUAGUUCAAGUAACCGCUGCUGAUGCAGAUGACCCUUCUUAUGGAAACAGUGCCAAAGUUAUUUACAGCAUUCUUCAAGGCCAACCAUAUUUUUCUGUGGAACCAGAAACAGGUAUUAUUCGAACUGCUUUGCCAAACAUGAAUCGAGAAAUCAAAGAACAUUACCAAGUUGUUAUUCAGGCCAAAGAUAUGGGGGGCCAGAUGGGAGGAUUAUCUGGAACUACCACUGUGAACAUUAACCUGACAGAUGUAAAUGACAAUCCACCAAGAUUUACUCAGAAUACAUACCAUCUCAGUGUCUCAGAAUACUCUCCUCCUGGAACUGCUGUUGGUCAUAUAAAAGCUGUAGAUGCAGAUAUUGGCAGAAAUGCAGAAGUUAGAUACAGAAUAAUAGAUGGAGAUGAAAUGAAUAUGUUUGAUAUAACCACCGAGAAGACAACACAGGAUGGAGUCAUAGCUAUAAGAAAGAAAUUGGAUUAUGAAAGUAAAAGACUGUACUCCUUAAAAGUGGAAGCUGAGAAUACUCAUAUUGAUCCCCAUUUCCACUAUCUUGGUCCUUUUAAAGAUACUGCAACCGUAAAAAUAUCAGUAGAAGAUGCUGAUGAGCCUCCUAUUUUUGGCCGACCUAGCUACAUGUUUAAAGUACAUGAGGAUAUUGAACUUGGAACUAUAAUUGGAACAGUGAUGGCAAGAGAUCCAGACACCAUUUCUAGUCCUAUAAGGUUCUCUCUGGAUCGACACACUGACCUUGACAGAAUUUUUAAUAUACACUCAGGAAAUGGAUCAAUUUAUACAGCAAAACCUUUGGACCGUGAAAUAUCCCAGUGGCAUAAUCUAAGCAUCAUAGCUACAGAAAUUAAUAAUCCCAAACAAACCACAAGAGCUACUGUCUACAUUCUCAUUCUGGACGUUAAUGACAAUGCUCCUCAAUUUGCAAUGUUUUAUGACACGUUUGUAUGUGAAAAUGCAAGAACUGGACAGGUAUUAAACACCCCAUAUGUGACCAUAAGUGCAGUGGACAAGGAUGAGCCACCAGGUGGACAAAAAUUCUUCUUCAGUUUAGCAUCAGUGAAUCCAAACUUCACAGUCCAGGAUAAUGAAGAUAACACUGCUCGAAUCUUAACAAGAAGAAAUGGAUUUAGCAGACAUGAAUUAAAUACUUAUCUUCUACCAGUGGUUAUAUCUGACAAUGAUUACCCCAUCCAAAGCAGCACUGGAACUUUAACUAUAAGAGUAUGUACAUGUGAUAAUCAGGGAAACAUGCAGUCCUGCAGUGCCGAGGCCUUACUCCUACCUGCUGGCCUUAGUACAGGAGCAUUAAUUGCAAUCCUUCUCUGCAUCGUAAUACUUCUGCUUAUAGUUGUACUGUUUGCUGCCCUGAAACGACAGAGAAAGAAGGAGCCUUUGGUUUUGUCAAAAGAGGACAUCCGAGACAACAUUGUCAGUUAUAAUGAUGAAGGAGGUGGAGAAGAAGACACACAAGCUUUUGACAUUGGCACUCUUAGAAAUCCAGGUGCUAUGGAAGAUAAGAAACAUCGUAGAGACAUUAUACCUGAAAAUUUGCUGUUACCCCGGAGAACUGCUACUGUCCCUGACAAUACAGAUGUUCGUGAUUUUAUUAACCAAAGGUUAAAAGAGCAUGAUAAUGAUCCUACUGCACCACCAUAUGAUUCACUUGCAACAUAUGCGUAUGAAGGAAAUGAUUCUAUAGCUGAAUCUUUAAGUUCCCUGGAGUCUAGUACUACAGAAGGGGACCAAAACUAUGAAUACCUCAAAGAAUGGGGUCCACGUUUCAACAAACUAGCUGAAAUGUAUGGCAACGGGGAGAGCGAUAAAGAUUCCUAA